ACGAUUGCGAGUUAGCGGCCCGGUUUUGGAGUCUAACUUGGUAUCUUGAAUUCGGGGUCCUUUUCUUUUCAAAGAAGGGCCGAUCUGCCGAACGGGCGGGGGGAGAGAAAGAGACACUGAGCAGUUUCAGAGAGAGAGAGAGAGAGAGAGAAAGGAUUUCCCCUCCCCAUGAGGAACUGGCUCGUUUACAGAGAGAGAGGGAGAGGAGAGGAGAGGGAGGCAGUUUGGUAAACAGGAGCUUUAGGUCGGUGUUAUUCUAUCUUUCAGGGCCAGAAUGAAAUCCGGUGGCUUCAAUGUUCGAGACUAAUUCAGUUCUGCGUUGGUGAACGUCACUGAGGUUUCUGCGCCCCCAAAGCCUUCGGUUGUUGGAGGACACAAUAACGGGGAGACUUUUUUUAAAAAAAUAUAUAGAAAUACUUUUUAACCAUUGAAGAGCCCUGUCUCCUCGGCCCGAGAAUGACUACAGGAGUGAAUCUGAAAUCGAGUCCCGCUCUGCAAGCGAGGUUCGAGGAGCGGAGACGGCGCAGUCCUUUGGAUCACUUCCCGCCCCCGGCGAACUCUAAUAAGCCCCUCACUCCGUUUAGCAUCGAAGAUAUCCUGAGCAAGCCCUCGGUGAAAAAAAACUCGCACCUCUGUCCGUCUGGCCGCUCGGGGCCGGCCGAGAAAGUAUCCGGCGCCGGCUCCACACGGAACGGGCUCCCUCCUCAGACCUCACCGCUCUGCGCCCUCGAAGAACUCGCCAGCAAAACCUUCAAAGGUCUGGAACUGAGUGUGAUACAGGCAGCCGAAGGCCGAGAUCACGUAACCACAUUUGGUCAAAGGCAAACCUCGAAAAAGAGACGGAAGUCGCGCACCGCUUUCACGAACCACCAGAUUUACGAGUUGGAAAAGAGAUUCCUUUACCAAAAGUACUUAUCUCCCGCCGACAGAGAUCAAAUAGCUCAGCAACUGGGUCUGACCAACGCUCAGGUAAUAACGUGGUUCCAGAACCGGAGGGCCAAACUCAAGCGCGACCUGGAGGAGAUGAAAGCGGACGUUGAGUCCCUCAAAAAACUACCGCCGCAGCAGUUGGAGAAGCUUGUUCACAUGGAGGAGUUCCCGGAGGAAGGCGCCGGCUCCAAGGCCGACUCCUCGGACCUAUCCCCCAAACUCUCCCCGGUGUCCGGACUUGGGCCCUUUCCCAGCUCGCCCCAAUGCUCCUCGAGAGACCAGACUACGGACGAAUUCUCUGAAGACGAGGAAAUAGACGUGGACGAUUGACUUGAGAUCUAUCUAUAUAUAUAUAUAUUUAAGAUUAUAUAAAGGCGUGAGAAACUGGGUUAACUCUCCGAAGCGGAACAAACUCUGCAGACGAAGAAACGGUUGGAAUUUAAGCGCAUCCUUUCUUAAGACAAACAUUUUCAAUCUUUUUAAAACAAAAACUUCUUAAAGUCCAAGUUAACCUUGGGAUCUCUGCACGUUCUCGAUUAUCCAAAGGAACUGAUAUAUAUAAUGGGACAAUUCUUCCCUCUUGUAUGUAAGAACCUUUAUCGGUUUUAUUUGUUUUCGGGCAAUUGAGUGCAAUUUUAAACACAUAUUAAUUAUGCCUUUUUAUUUCUUUUUUUUAAAUUGUUCGUUUAAUUUGACCCACUUGGUUACAGAUUCCCGGUGACUACCCACCGAGGUAGUUCCUGUGACCCGGACGUUCGGGUAGCUCCGGUGCUAGGACUAAU